AUGGAGGGCUUAUUGUUCAACGUCAAUGGUGGUUAUUUGGAGGGUAUCGUGCGCGGAUACCGAAACACCCUUCUGACGAACACAAAUUAUGGCAAUCUCACGCAAUGCGAAACCAUCGACGACGUCAAGACACAACUCGGCCCAGCUUAUGGCGAGGCUCUCUCGUCGCUACCCCCGAAUCCUUCUACAUCCGCUCUUGCAUCCAAGACGACGGAGAAGCUUGUCGCAGACUUCAGAUACCUUCAAGGCCAAGCAACGGGCUCAUUAGCAAAGUUUAUGGAAUACCUCACAUACUCGUACAUGAUCGACAACGUCGCACUUCUAAUCACAGGAACACUACACGAACGAGAUACCAAAGAGUUGCUGGAGAGGUGUCACCCGCUGGGCUGGUUCGAGACGAUGCCUGUACUUUGCGUGGCCACCAACAUUGAAGAGCUGUAUAACUCGGUCCUAAUCGAGACCCCCUUAGCUCCGUACUUCAAAGGCAGUCUGAGCCAUCAGGAUUUGGAUGAGCUCAACAUCGAGAUCGUACGAAACACCCUGUACAAGAAUUACCUUGAAGACUUCUACAAUUUUGUCAACAAUGACCCGGAGAUGGCCUUCACACCGACCGGCGAGAUCAUGUCAGAAAUCCUAGAAUUCGAAGCAGAUAGACGAGCCAUCAACAUCACCAUCAAUUCUUUCGGCACCGAGCUGACGAAGGAACAACGUAGAAAGCUGUAUCCUGAGUUCGGCAAGCUCUACCCAGAAGGCAUGCUAAUGCUCUCACGAGCCGAAGAUUUGGAGGGUGUCGGCCUUGCUGUUAGUGGCGUUGGUGAUUACAAGCGAUUUUUCGAUGAGGUCGGCUUCAACCAAGGUGGCGUUGGUGGCGGCAACAUGUCUGGAGGGAUGGGAAACGAAUCCAAGUCACUGGAAGACAUGUUCUACCAGAAGGAGAUGGAGCUGUCAAAGAUGGUAUUCACACGACAGUUCACUCACGCAGUCAUAUACGCGUGGGUGAAGUUGAGAGAACAGGAAAUCCGCAACAUCACCUGGAUCGCCGAAUGCAUUGCCCAGAACCAAAAAGAAAGGAUAGGCAAUUACAUCAGCGUCUUUUAA